UCAUUGCAGGCUCAAUUUCUCAUCUCGGCAUUUUGCGUUUUUGAAGGGUUUAUUCGGGACAACAUGGCUGCUGCGGCGGGUCGUUACUACAACGAGGGUGGCAGAGCAACGAAAAGGCAAAAAACUGAGGAAGGAGGGAUGACUACGGAGGGCUACGACGACCCGCAUAAAACGCUCCCAUCUCCUGUGGUGCACAUCAGGGGCCUAGUUGAUGGCAUCAUGGAGGCGGACCUGGUGGAGGCUCUGCAGGAGUUUGGCACCAUCAGCUUUGUGGUCAUGAUGCCCAAAAAGCGCCAGGCCCUCGUGGAGUACGAGGACCUGAACGGCUCCUGCAACGCCGUGACCUACGCAGCCGAGAACCAGGUGUACAUCGCGGGCCACCCCGCCUUCAUCAACUACUCCACCAGCCAGAAGAUCUCCAGACCGGGAGACCCCGACGACUCGCGCAGCGUCAACAACGUCCUCCUGCUCACCAUCAUGAACCCCAUCUAUCCCAUCACCACGGAUGUGCUGUACACCAUUUGUAACAACUGUGGGCCCGUACAGAGGAUUGUUAUCUUCAGGAAGAACGGGGUUCAAGCCAUGGUUGAGUUUGACUCAGUGCAGAGUGCCCAGAGGGCCAAAGCGUCUUUGAAUGGGGCUGACAUCUACUCUGGUUGCUGCACCCUAAAGAUUGAGUAUGCUAAGCCAACUCGCCUCAACGUGUUCAAGAACGACCAAGACACCUGGGACUACACCAACCCUAACCUGAGCGGCCAAGAUGCUGACGGGGAAGGCAAUUGGAACAAUUCACAAGAUCCAAAUGCCAAUUCUAACAAGCGAGCAAGGCAGCCCGCCCUUCUGGGAGACCAUCCUCCUGAUUACGGUGGCGCUCAGGGAGGCUAUCAUGGCUAUAACGACGAGAGCUACGGGCCCCCCCCGCACUACGAGGGACGUCGCAUGGGGGCCCCCAUGGGGGGCCGUGGUCGAGGCCAGCGUUUUGGGCCUGGAUACGGCCCCCCGCCCCCUGAGUACGGCCCCCAUGCGGACUCCCCCGUUGUCAUGGUGUACGGCCUGGAGCCCUCGAAGGUCAACGCAGACAGGGUGUUCAACGUCUUCUGUCUCUAUGGCAACGUGGAGCGGGUUAAGUUCAUGAAGAGCAAGCCUGGGGCAGCCAUGGUGGAGAUGGGAGACUGCUAUGCUGUAGACCGCGCCAUCACCCACCUCAACAACAACUUCCUGUUUGGGCAGAAGCUCAAUGUCUGUGUGUCCAAACAGCAGGCCAUCAUGCCCGGCCAGUCUUACGAGCUGGAAGACGGCUCCAGCAGUUUUAAAGACUUCCAUGGCUCCCGCAACAACCGCUUCACCUCCCCGGAACAGGCGGCCAAGAACCGCAUCCAGCACCCGAGCAACGUCCUGCACUUUUUCAACGGCCAGCCUGACAUCUCUAAUGAAAUCUUCAGCCAGGUCUGCGACGAACUGGGAAUCAAGAGCGCGUCGAAUGUCAAACUUUUUUCUGGAAAGAGCGGGGCUACAGGUGAGCGCAGCUCCUCCGGCCUGCUGGAGUGGGAGUCCAUCAACGACGCCAUGGAGGCUCUGGCCUUGAUGAACCACUACCAGAUGAAGAACCCUAGUGGUCCUUAUCCAUACACAUUGAAGCUGUGUUUCUCUACUGCGCAGCAUGCCAACUAACACACCCCACCGAGUAUCUGUCAUCCUAUAUCUGCAUAGUGUACAUUGCAUUUAUGUCUACACCUCCUGUAUAACACAUAGAAACUGAAUAAUGGUAUGAAACUGACACUAGUUCUCAUGUAACUUAAAGAAUAGAAGGGUGAGAGUUUUGUAUCAGUGAGUAAUGUUUGAUCUUUAAUUUUUUAACUCCCCCCAAUUUCAAUUGUGUUCAUUUACUUACAGUAGGCACAGAAGGGUGAACCUUGGACGUUCUAAUAUAAAAGUUUAUUUCACGUUGACACUGCCUUUUCUUUUUUUUUAAUAAAGUGAAUGGUGAGCGUU